AGAUGCGACGCCGCGCGCGCGGCGCCAACGACGCCUCUGCGUGACCUCAUGGUGCUGGACGCGCCGGCGCCGCCGCAAGUCGGCGCCCCGUCGGCGCCGCCGGCCCGCUGGACGCCGCAGCCGGCGGCGCCGCACCCUUUCUCGCGGCCCGUGGCGCUGCUACCCUCGUUCGGCGCCUUCGGACCCUUCGGCGCCGCUGUCGGCGCCGCAAAACGCUUUCCGUUCAACAUGCCGUUCCUGCAACACGGCGCCGCCGUCGCCGCAGCCUCGCUGGCGGCUGCAGCAGCCGCCGCUGCGGCACAUGACGUACGCCGCCUCCAGGUGAACCACCCCCACCGCCCCCAGGUGCCCCACCGGCCCCCGGCCGCCCUCGACCCCGCCGUCAUCGCAAGGCACCAGCAACAGAUUGUCGACGCCAGCAAAUCGCACCACGGCGGCAACGGCGGAAACAACGGCGGCGACAACUCGGCCGACGACGACGACGGCGGCAGCGGCUCGGGCAAGCGGCGCAGGUCGCGUACCAACUUCAACAGUUGGCAGCUGGAGGAGCUGGAACGCGCCUUCCAGGCCAGCCACUACCCUGACGUCUUCAUGCGAGAGGCCCUCGCCAUGAGACUCGACCUCAAGGAGUCCAGAGUUGCGGUGUGGUUCCAGAAUCGGAGGGCCAAGUGGCGGAAAAAGGAGCACACAAAGAAGGGACCGGGCCGGCCGGCGCACAACGCGCAUCCCCAAACGUGCAGCGGCGAGCCCAUCCCUCCGGAGGAGCUGGUGCGCAAGGAACGCGAGCGCAGGGAGAAGAAAAUCAUGAAGUCGCUGGAGAAGCAGCAGAAGAAGCUGGCCCUGAAAGGUAUCCACGUGGACCUGGAGGCGUUGCGCAGGGACUGGGAGGCGCAGCAGCGGCGCCGCCUGGGCCGGUCGGGGCCGCUGGGCCCCGGGGGUGAAACCAGGUCGCCGUCGAGCUGCGGCUCGUCCAGCAUACGCGACGGUGAGAUCGACGUGGUGGGGGAACUGAGCUCUGACAUCGGCAUCGACGACUCGGACGAUGAAGAGGUGAUCGUCACCGACGACGAGCCACCGUCGCCGCCAAUGCCGCAGUCGCAGCGCCCCAACCCCUUCAGCAUCGAGUCACUGCUAGCCCGCGGCGCCAGCGGCGCCCCCAUCUCGUGAUACGAAUGCUCCCCUCCGCCCGCCCUACCUCCCCCUCCCCGCUUCUGCCGACAGAGGAGAAGGACCGACCAAUCGCGCACAUAUCAGCUGCGGCUACCCAGUCAGUGAUUUCUUUGUGUUUGUUAAUUGUGAGAAUAUGUGGACGUUUAUGGAGGAAGGACCUGUCCUCGAACAGGGGAGAGUGAUGCCAGCUCAGGUUCUCGGGUGCGAACCGCCGUUUAAUCGCCAAAAUGCAAAAUUGAAUUUAAUAAAUACAACCGAAUAAUGCUGAAAACUCAACACCUUAUCCAGAAUGAUCAAGCGUAGAUUUAAUUAAGUCUUUUGAAUCGGAGACUUGGAGUAGCACUCGAAUUUCAUUUUUGGCAGUGCCAAUCGAUUCCUGAAGUGUCGAAUUAGAUUAUGAAGCUGAAUCAAUCGGCCAACAAUUCGACUCGACAAGCCGAAGUUCAGUGGGAACUUUAAAACCGUUAUUGAUUUGAAACUAUAUAGUCACAAAAACGCUGAUGAUGACGAAACAAGGGAAGGGUUGAUUGUGGUUCGCUAAUUGGCCUUUGACGUAGAGACGAUCAGCCAGCAGCAGCCAGCAGCCAGCCUCGUUGCUUAAAUGCUUGCGCUGGCUGUCACUGUGGCGCUGCUGUCUGGAUCUUGCUAGAUCAUUGCUACGUCCAAUCGGGGCACUGCUAUUUAACUGAUUGGGCACUGGAGUCCUUGUCCUUUGUGGCACAUUUUACUAGUUUCAGACCAAAACCACUUAAGUAUCUGUUCUUGCGUUUCCGUUGACUUUCGGCAUGUCGUGUCGAACUGUCAACAAAGCGAUUCGUCUGCCAAACUUAAUUCGACCUUUAUAGGAAUCGAUUGACUGUCAAAAAUAAAAUUCCAAUGCUAAAUCAAGUGAGUCAUUUUGUUGCAAAUAAUAAAGUAUUUUGGAAAUGGCAAAUUAGAAUUUUGCAUUUUUGACGGACACGCGUGGCCGACACCGAGAAGCACGUGCGCAAAUCUCAUUUUCAUUUCCGUGUAAAUAUCGACUCUCUUUAAUCGCCAGCUCUCUGCUAAUGAUGAUAAUUAUUAUAUUAUUACUGUGUAAUUACAGCUCACUCCAAUAUUAAACGUACGAAAAGCAAAGAAAA